GCGUUGAUUGGUCGAUUUCUGGCCACGUGAACAGCCUACGAAGAAGAGGCUGACGACGUCGACCACGGAUCCACGAUGGCACAGUCAGCUGCCUAAGGUCCGGUUGGCCAGUCGUAGCCAGCAAAUAGUUCUCUCUCUUCAAGGUAGACGGGUGUAGCAGCCAGGUACCAAGAUGGCGGACGAUGAGAGGAAACGUCUCGAGGAUGAAAAGAAGAGGAAACAGGCGGAGACCGAUAGGAAGAGGGCGGAGGUCCGCGCCCGCCUUGAAGAGGCUUCCAAAGCCAAGAAGGCGAAGAAGGGUUUCAUGACCCCUGACAGGAAGAAGAAGCUUAGGCUGUUGCUGCGUAAGAAAGCCGCCGAGGAGUUAAAGAAAGAGCAGGAGAGAAAAGCCGCCGAGAGGAGACGCAUCAUCGAAGAGCGUUGCGGAAAACCGAAGAACACCGACGACGCGAGCGAAGAUACCGUGAAGCGCGUGCUACGCGAGUACCACAAUAGGAUCACAGCAUUGGAGGAUCAAAAGUUCGACCUCGAAUAUGUCGUAAAGAAGAAGGACUUCGAGAUCGCGGACUUGAACAGCCAAGUGAACGACCUUCGAGGUAAAUUCAUGAAACCUACGCUGAAGAAGGUCUCAAAGUACGAGAACAAGUUUGCCAAGCUCCAGAAGAAGGCAGCCGAGUUCAACUUCCGUAACCAACUUAAGCAGGUCAAGAAGAAGGAGUUCACCCUUGAAGAGGAGGACAAGGAGAAGAAACCCGAUUGGUCGAAGAAGGGCGAGGAAAAGAAGGUAAAGGAAGAAGAGGUGGAGGCAUGAAGAGAAACACAGUUUCGACGCUUUCCGAGAAUGGUCCAUCCAUCCUACCAAUUGUCAACGCAACGACUCGAAACUUCCUUCAUUUAUUAUUCUUUUGUUUCUUUUUUUUUGCUCUUCGUCGUCGAUUAAUUGACUUACAAUAUUUGCACGCAAAAAUCACGUUGUCUCGUCCUCGAUCCGUUUUAUUGACAACGAGUAAUGUCUUUCCAAGCUUUCAGAUACACACACAUACACAUAAUCUUGUGACUGACAAUUCACGUUAUGUAUAUACACGCAUACACAUAUAUAUAUUUUUUUAAAAGGAAACAAAAACACCCUCUGUACCGUUCUCUGUUCUCCGUUUCCGUCGAUGUUUUAUCUUCUUCUUUGUUUCUUUUUUUUACUUGUGAAUCCCGUGUUACGUAAUUAUCUGUGAAGGGAGAUACACGUAAACAAGAAUAAACAGAAAAAUCGUUACACAUGAUUUAUUGUAAAGAAAAAUAUUUAACAUUGAAGUACAUUACA